AUGGCUGCCCCUGAGGCUAGCGGAGGACACGCGACGCGGAGAGGCCAUUCACCCCAUCUGUCGAUAAGCGACCCUAGCCACCAUGUUACGGAGGCAAUAGGCCACAUGUACGACGAUGACUAUGAUCCUAAUGAUCCACGGCGCCUGAGCUAUAUACCUUCGGCCAAUUCAGAAUCCAUCACGACCAUACCACGGCAGCCUCUCAACGCCCAAACCCUCUCACCCGCCUCCAUACAGACUUCGCCGGCCGAAGGACAAUCAAGGCAAACGAAAGGAAAUCCGCGACCGCCAUUAGUAGGCCAUCGAUCCUUCGAUCGUGAUAGUGAUGCCGGCUCCGAUUCGAACAGGACGCCUUCAGAAACCGCAACCUCCUCCUUCCCCUUGAACGACAUCGGCUACGAAUCGAACCCAGCAGCUGUUGCUCAAGAACUCAACAACCUCGCGGCAAUUCGACGAAUGUCUAUGGAUGUUGCAGCUGCCGGAGACCCUGAUCUUCCUUCUUUUGGCGGCAGCAACAAUAACCUUUCGAUCCCAUCUCUACCGCCGUCACCUUCCGCAGACGAAAAUGACGCCUCGCGAUUAUUCUGGGUUCCAGCGAGCCUGCACCCGGAGCUGGCGCCGAAGGAGUUCAAGUCGUUUCUGGAAAGCAAGGCUGACCUGAUCAAACGGAAAUCCGGCGACUACUCUUCCCUCAGCCCCGAACGAUCCGGCUCAGACAGCGGUCUUCGUCGGAAACGGUCAAUGCUGUCUAAGCAGAUUGAUAGUUCAAGUGGUUACACAGAUGGUGCAGAACGAUUGGAGCGGCAACGCUCGCAGACCUCAAGCAAACGGGACGGCAUGCUGAGUCCAAAUCUGCAGGAGUUAGAGACACUAGUCGACGACUCGAAGACAUCUGAUCGAGAGAAGGAAAUUCUAGCUCGAGGGCUACAAAAUCUUGCCAUUAGACACAGCCUGAGACGAUCAACUCGAACCCAAUACAGGAAGGGCAGCUUGAAAAAGGGCGAGAAACCACCAUAUUCGAAGAGGGUUGGAAGAGGCUUGUCCGAAUCGGCCGAUGCGCCUCCCAAGAUCACACUCUCUGACAAAGACCCAGCGCGUAGCUCAGUUGACUCCGCUACCCCAGGCCUACCACAACGUGCUUCGUCAAGCUCCUCUCGUAGCACUGCUUAUGUACCAGGCUCUACAACUAGUUCCACAUUUGAUACAAUCCUUGAUCGACCAGAGGCAGAACAAACUGCUGCAUCACAAAACGCCCCCACAGACGCCGACUCUGACCGGGAGGAUCCUUCAAUACAAGGAAACGUUGCCUCCUACGCCCGGCAAUGGCAUUCCCGCAUCAGCUCAAACGGUCGAUCCACUUUGAACAUACCACCAUCAGCACAAAGUGUCCCUGCAAUAACCGAAUCACCUCCAAAUGACUCCCGUCGCGGGUCUUCUGCCUCAGCUUCACUACCAAGCCGAGUGGGAGAGCGCGACGGGUCUUCUGCAUAUUCGCCUAAGGCACCUCAGCAACAAGAUACCACUCCUACGAAACGAACCUUAAUGAGUGACCAACAUGGUAGAGAAACUACGCCAACGCUUAACGAUUUUGCCAAUAAUCCUCAGAUGAUACCCGGUAACAGUACGCGAACAGACAGUCUGUCGUUUAUUCCAACCAUCCAUGAAGAGCGAAAGCCAGAAGAGCGGAGGUCAGAGGGUAAGAAAUCGAAAAAAGACUCGGACGGAAGCAGAAAAUCCAGCUGGCAUUGGCUGCUGGGAAGUGAGGAGAAAGAUAAGAAGAAGGACAAAGAUGGAGAACCCAAGCGAUCCCGAUCACGAAUUGCGGAUAUAGUUCAUAGCAGCACUCGCCCUGAUCCACCACAGCCACCUCCAGAGUCCAGCACGAAGGGCCGGGAAAGCAUCGCUAUUGACCGUUUAGAUCCAAAGCUGGAGGAGGAGAGGCGCAAAGACAAUGCCCGGCGGGCCUCUGCGGACAAAAAAGAGAAAGACGGCAUUUUCUCGUCUAUUUUUGGCGGUGCGCGGAAGAAACACAGCGGCGACGGUCAUCACCGUAAAAACUCGUCGCGAAAUUACUCCCCCGAUCCUCCAAUGCGUCAGUUGGUACCUGAUGUCGAUUACGCUUGGACUCGUUUCUCCAUUUUGGAAGAAAGAGCGAUCUACCGCAUGGCCCAUAUCAAACUCGCCAACCCUCGCCGCGCCUUGUACUCACAGGUUCUGCUGAGUAACUUCAUGUACUCAUACCUAGAGAAGGUGCAACAGAUGCACCCCCAAAUGAUGGUCGCUUCAGGGUCUCAAAGAAAAACCAAGUCCCGUGACCAGCAGGAUGAGUACAUGCAGUAUCAGCAGUAUCAAGAGGCCCACGAUCAACACUAUGGGGACAAUGGAUAUGAUGACCCAUCAAUGUACGAGUACGAUGACGAUCCUCGCGACCGCUACCACGAGCAUGGAAAUGGUCACCACGGCUACGAAAACGGCCAUGGCUAUGGAUCGGGACAUUACUCAUAUGAUCACUCGUCUUUUGGCGAUGAUGUCCAAUUAGACGAUGACGAUGACGACGAUAUGUGGUGA